AUGCAGGGUAUGGGGGACACAGACUUUGCAGAUCUACAGACGAAUUCAAUUCAAGAUGAUUUCACAUCAAACCAAAAUUGGACUAAACAACGGAGUCAUUAUGAAUCAGUAUUAUUUCACACAUCAAAGAGUAAUCAGAGGGUUUUCAGCUACAGCAGAGGCUCCAAUGCAAUCGCUGCAUCCAGUUUAGAGCAAUGUUCAUCAGAAAAAAUUCUUCUUGAACAGGUGAGAGGACGCUGA